AAGCAGGAGGGCCAAUCACACUCAAAAAAAUGUCGAAGAGCACUUUGCCAUUCUUGCCCCGCCCCUACGAUUCCAACGCCAAUUGCGGCGCCGCGCCCCGCCCCUUCCGGUCCUGGUCUCCCAGCAACGCCCGGCACACCUCUAGCCAUGCCGGGCUCUUCUAGGCUGAGCCCGGCUGCUACCUCUCCGCCGCUGCUGCAAGGACUCCGCGCCUGGUUGGACAGGCUCCCACUCAGCCGCUCUAAACGGCACCUGGCUCGGGACUUCAGCGACGGCGUGCUGGUGGCAGAGAUUGUGAAGCACUUUCAUCCACGCCUUGUGGACCUGCACAGCUAUAUCCCGGCCUGCAACACAGACCAGAAGCUCAGCAACUGGAGCCUUCUCAACAGGCAAGUCUUUCACAGGCUGCACUUCUGUGUCUCAGAGGCUGAGAUCCGCAACGUGGUAGCCAGUGUACCUGGGGCCAUCGAGCCCAUCCUUUGUGCACUGAGAGAGAAGGUGGAGACUGGCACUGUUCAUGCAGGCUCACUCAGCUCAACUGAUCCAGGACUCUCCAGUGUGAAUGCUGACCAGCCUUGGGUGGAGCUGCCCACCCACAGGUGUGCCGGUAGGCUCCAAAUCCCUGGCCUGCCAGAUUCACCAGAUUCCUCCAGUGUGAAGACUCUUCAGAACCAAAGAGCUUUGGAGAAGACGUACUGCUCUGCUUGUGGAUGUGGAGGCCCAGACAAAGAGGCCUGGGAGCACCUAACCAGGGUCCAACAGCUCCUGGAGGACAGGGAGCAGGCGUUAGCCAUUUUGCAGCACACAGUUCAGAUUUUGCAGAUGAAAGUGGUGAGGCUGGAGAACCUGGUACAGCUGAAGGACCAUCGGAUUGAGGCACUCAUGAGACCUGGGCGGGAGGAGUACCAAGAGCCCCCAAGCGGUACCCACCUCAAGCCAGCCAGGCCCUGAUCUUGAACCUACCUGGAGCCUCCAUCAGCCAGGGUUUCUUCCACACAGUUCUACACGGUCGAGAGUUUCAGAGGAGGCACAGAUGUGGGGGUUUGGGUGCUCUGGGGCUACUUGUCUCAGGGGUUUCUGCUGACUGUCACUCUAGAGUUAUACUAUCCUGUAGAUGGAUUUGGAUGGAGAUCAGAUGUUCCUGCCAGCCCUGGGAUGGCUCAUCAUUGCUGCAUUUGUGAGCACAUGAGGCCUCAGUGUGUGCAGUAUCUGGGGCCUGGCGGGUCACACUACCCAGUGUGAGUGGGGACUGUUGUGGUCAGCCAUGUGGCUCUGGAAUGACAACCACCCUGGAAUCUGAAGAUGCUCCUGACAAGAGCCCCAAGCAAGUUGUAACUGCCUGUGCUUGCAGAGCUGUUCUACUGAAAGAAUGUGAGGACAGAGAGGGACCAGGAAAGCACCCUACCUCACAGUCACUGGUUUUACCCUGAGGCUUUAGGGAAAAAUUAAGUGGGGCUGGAACCUGGCUGCUGUCUUCUUGCCUCCAGGAUGGCCCUUCUAGGCUUAGGAGCAUUAAUGUGGCCAGAACAAUUCCAACACUGAGAUGGGUUGUAGGGCUAUGUCUUGCUGACUUCUGUACCCAGCUACAUUGGUUAAACAUCCUUAUAUAUGCCACUGGGGUAGAUUCUGGUAGGCUCCCCCCCCCCCCCGCAUUACAGCUCCCCUAUGGGGUCAGCUUUUCUAUGUGCUCCUGGGCUGAACCCCUGCAGGUCUCAGGAAGUAGCAUCAGAAGCUGCAGGCUUACAUCAAGAUUUCAGAGCUGCCUCCAGAGGCUCAAGUAGCCCACUUCCUCCUUGAGUCAGAAAGUGCGUUCCACAGCCCCUGAAAUCCACCCUGUGAGUCACCAAAAUAGAUGGCUUCCUGAUGACUGGCUCUGUCAACUCUGGUCAUUUGACCGGAGCACCUGGUGUCUGGAGCCUUGUUCAGAGCCUUUCUGAGUCCCAGCCAAGGCGGGUCAGGCAGAGGGACAUGCACCUUGUACCCAUGGGUGCCUAGUGUCAGGAACAGGGAAAUCUUUGCCUAAAACACUGCAGAAAUCCCUUCAAAGUGGGAGCUGUUACACUGUCAGAGCCACAACUAUCAGGCCGGAAAUACCUGGGAAAGGCCUAGCCAAGAAAAUCAAAUCAGCACAGACCCCAGGCAGAUUCAUUCAUUAGGCCCCAGCUUCCCUCCCCAAGUUAAGCCUGGGAGCUAUGGAUGAUCUGGUCCUGCGCCUUGCUCCCCAGGGCAGUGAUAGCAAAGGACCAGCUAUUCUGCCUCAGGUACUUCCAGCAUACCUGCACAUGUGCAUGUGCUUGUACAAACUUGUGUACAUGUCACAAAUUCAUGUCAUGAGGGUUGAUCAGCUCUUCACAGAGACAGAAGAACUGGCUCCUGGAACAAACAGGCUUGGAAGGAAGCAGAGGCUGUUGUGGCAAUGGGUGUGUUUUCCUUUACCUAUGGUACUACGUGCAUUUGUGUGACACUGUAUGGCUAUACAUGUGUGAUACCGUAUGUGACACUGGAUGGCUGUAGAUACGUGAUUGUGUGCACAUGUGAUGUUAUAUUAUACACGUGUGUAGGAUGCAUGUGUGCUGGCCAGUGUAGGUGACUGUGGUGGUGGCCUUGAGGGGUGGUAGAGGCAGAGGCAUAACCAGAUAGGUUAUGGUUUGUGGUGCAGGAAUAUGUGCUUGUCAUUGGUCCAGCUCCUGCCUGCUGGAUCCUGGGGCUAGGUCUGGGUUAGCUUUUGGGCUUCUAAAUAGACAGAUAUCCCUUGGAAAAUAGACAGUAAAGCCCAGGUGGUGAUAAUGCUCUGGUAGCAGCCUACCUCCUGGUACUGGUGCCAAGGACCAACAAAGUCAAACAAGUAAAUCUCAGGUUCCUCAUGCCUAGAAGCAAGGUGGUCGUGCCUUAGGCACCCCCAAAUGCAGGCCCUGGCUUGCCCACCUAUAACUAAGUCCUAGGAGUGCUUCUGUAGCUAGAGCCUGGUCCCAAGAGUUGACCAAGGUCCUGGGAGAGUGGUGAUGAAUCUAUGACACGUGUAUUGCAGCAGGCUGUAUCAUUGAAAGCUCUAUGGAGUGCAGAGCAGCCAGGGCAGGGCUGUAUUCUGCCAUGCAAGGCUGUGAUUCAGAAGCUGGAGUCCACCUGGCACAUAAAGCCAGAACACUUACCCCUACAGUGACCUGGGAGAAGCCCCUCAGCCAUGUUAGAGAAGGAAUCAGGGUGUCAUAGCCCCAAGCAGUGUCUAUCUAUACUCAUCCCCCUAUAAGAUGCAUAGACCACUGUACAUAGUGACCCUCCCUGACUGGGUGUGUGCUGAAGGUCUGCCUCUCCCCAUUCUUGCCAAGCUUUGCCUUGGGCCAGUAAGGACUUCGAGCUCAACAUGGGCUCACAGUUGUAGGAUUUCUCUGUUUUUGUCCCUGGGUGGCCAGGUCAUCACCUGACCUCCCUUUCUGAGAUGAUAUCCUGUGUUCCCUCUAGAGAACCAGCAACCAUGUCUGGGAGCCUUUCACAUAGGACACCAGGCUUGAGGGGUUAGAGCCACAUGGAGAAAAUGAUUGCCUGCUCCUCCUCCACCCACAGUGUGUAAGACUGAUGGGGGAGGGGCCAACUGAAUGCUGGCUGGGGAGCAAGUGGUGUUUCGAGGGGCUGCAUAGCUGCAGUCCUCCCAGGGCCUUUACAAAUCUGGGGACAAGUGAACCAUAAACUGUCACCCACCUAGAGCAAGCUCAGAGUAAGGUCUGGAGCAGUUUCAGAGGCUUGUGGAUCCUUCUCUGGGAAGACUGGACCCUAGCACAAUCCCUUUCUUCCACGCCAGCUGUACCCCCCACCUCAGGCUGCAUGCCUUUCUCCCUAAAACCUGCCUUCUGACUCCAAGACCACUUGACCCUGGGCUCUUGAGGCCCAUGCUUCUGGGACCCCAGGGAUAUUUGAUGUUUCAGGGCAUCUGGGCCCAAGUCAAAGCCCCUUCAAAGGGUGACUGGCGGCCCACUAUCUCCCACACCAAGAGCAGAGGUACCUACUUCCUCAGCAGAUAUCAGCUGGAAGGAGUUUGCUAGAGAUCUAAGCACUCUGCCUGAUCCCCAACACCCCCCUACCCCCGCCUCAGGAAAUGAUGACUGAAGUGCUGGCUUUACCACAUCUCCGUGGCUGCUUAUGCAAAUACUGUAUCCGGUUUUAGCAAUUCAGAGAAAUCCCAGUAACACAAGGAAGCAUGGGGGCUUCAAGCCGCAAGACCCAGCAGAUGCUAUUUGUCACUCUGUAGAAAUGCCCUGUGUAAAGUCAGGACAUAUGUAAUCAGGAGCCAGGCUGGUACGAAGCAGAGCACAGCACAAAUGCUGAGCAGCAUUCAGUAGGACACUGAUCUGGCUAAGGAGAGACACAUCCCGUGUGGCUCUUGCUGCUUGUUCAACCCUUGCAGCCUGAUGGUCCAUCUGUCUCCAUAUUUCCAUUUCCUACCACUUUACUUUUUCAUUUUUCUAGUUUAUUGAGUUAUUCCUGCUCUAUGAUACAAAUGGUAUACAAAAUCUAGAAUAAAGUACCUGCAAAAAAGGAGUUACAACAAGAAACCUUGUACCUGGAAGCAAGGCAGGCCCAGCAAAGAAAUGUAUUCCAAGCCAGAGGUCCCAGGUCCUUGUUCCUCACUGACCAACAUGCUAUUUCCAAGGCCUUUCUUGAGGCAAACUAUUCCAAUAGAUUGGAUGAACCCCAGAGCCUGACCCUAGGGUCAGGCCGGCAAGAAAGGAUCACCUUAGGUUAAAAGGUCACUUUCUUGUUAAAAGGAAAGGUGCUUCGCUCCUUGCCUAAAAAGUGUACUUUCUGUCCUGGCUAAAUGGAUACUAAUCACACAGAAUGCUUUUCAGGGGGAACCUUGAAAUGCAUAAAAGUGCGAGAUGAGCUACGGUUAGGAAUUCUUUGUACUCCAUGCAUAGCUACAGAAACCUGAGCCACUUCCUCAUUUGCAAAAUGAGGCAAUGCUAGUGCACGCAAGCUGGCUGGGAUGACGUCUGUGGGUACUCCCUGAGGUGGCCAGCACACUGCUGCCUUUCCAGCCUAUGUUGAGCAGCCUACCCAUGGGCAUAGGGUGGUCCUGUGUGGCCAGUCUGGUCAUCUACCUUCCUUCUGUUGAGUUUAGUGACAUUGGUUGGUAAUUAUGGCUGCUCUAGAUGUUACCAGGGAGCAUACCUGGUUUUUCUCAUUGUGCUGCUUUUUCUGUUUUCAUCCAGAAAGGACUGAGGGGGCUUAUGCAAGCACUAACAUCAGCCAGAAAUUUGCAGGGACCCUGGGGAGGGCACCUGGGACUCAGAGGCCCUGCAAUAUGGAUAGGUACAAGGGAAAAUGAGAGUUGGUCCCCACUUGACUCCUCAGCAGCCCUUGGCCUGCUUUCUGGACACCUCGCUGAGGCCGGUGGCCAAUGUUCAGGGGGCCACUAGGUGACCAAUGUCUCACAAGCACAGUAAAGUCAUUUUAAACAGGGCAGUGAUGGGCAGGUGCUCUUGCUCUCCAGGACUCAGGAUAAGCACUUCCAGCCCACUGGAUGCCGUCUCAUACGGCUCAUGCCCUCAGGGAGGGAGAGUGACACUGAGAUAAGAUGUUUGCCACUGAGUGGAACCUCCCCUGAGUGAAGACAGAAGAUGAUUACUGAUGACUGAUAGGACAGGAGCUGUAAAGGCCCUGUGCCACAGCCACCCCUGGCAUCAGGUGAUGAGGGAAUAGAAGCCGGAUGGAAAGGUGGGCCCACACAUGUGGCUGAAGGGAAGGCUCCUGACACUGCUGCUGGCACACAUUCUAGAACUCCAGAAAGUGGCAUGGUGGACCCCUGGGUCAAGGGUGUCUUAGGAGUGCAGUCAAGACAGGCUGGCAUCCAAGCAGUGAGGCAGCUUGUAGGCAGGAUAAGGUUCCUUUUAAUAAUGGGGCAAACGUCUAGCACUACAGAGGCUGAAGCAGGAGAACUGGUGUUUGUUCAAGGCCAGCCUGGGCUACAUAGUUCGAGGCCAGCCUGAACUGGGUAACAAGACUCUGUCUCAGAAACACAAAGCAAAACUGGGCAUGUGGCACUGCGUGAGUUAAACACUUUGUAACAGUUUUGAAAUAUCCCAAGAUGUACAGAAGGUGUGGGAAUAUGAACUGAUGAAAACACAUUCAUUGCUAAACUGAUGUCUUGAAACUUACAUGAAAAAUUCACUUAGGAGCUAGGCAUGGUGGCACAUGUUUGUAACCCUGGCUAUUAGGGAGUCUGAGACAGGAGAGUCCCACAUUUGAGUCCAGCCUGGACAACCUAGCAAGACCCUAGCACCCUCUGAGAGAUGGGGGUGUAACUUACUUAAUGUGAGGCCUGGGUUCUCCCAGUACUGCAAUAAAAGAAAAAUCAUUUGUAGUAAUAAUAGUAAUCCUAGCACUCUAAAGGUUGAGGCAUAAUAAUCACAAGUUCAGGCUUAUCCUGGGCAACUUAGAGAGAGUCCCUGUCUCAAAUAAUAAUGAUAAUAGUAAUCAUAACAAAAGGGAAGGGAUAUAGCUCAGUAUGAAGGCUCUGGAUUCAAUCCCCAGUACUACUACCACUAUUACUGCUUACAAUAAUAAUAAUGACAGUAAUAAAUGAUAAUUUUGCUUAAAUAAGACUUCUUUGGGGGCUAGGGAUUUAGCUCAGUGGCAUAAGUACCUGCCUUGCAAGCAGGCGGUCAUGGGUUCGAUCCCCGGUACCGAUAAAAAGAAAAAAAAUAAGACUUCUUUAAGUCUAGACUGACAGUGAUACUGAACCAGCAACAUAGCUCAAAAUCUGAGAGAGACAAGUGGGAAAAGGCUUCAUGAACAGUGAUGAGGGGACUUCAGGGGGCAAGUGUGCCCCUAGGCCUCAGUGCUGGGGCUGCUCCUGGUCCUGGCCUUCUAGUACUCUUCUUCGCUUGCCUGGGGUGUCAGCUGUCUUUUUGAAGCGGCUGCGAGCAGCCCUCUGCAGACUCUAGACCCUCCAGGACACUCCAUCCCUGGGAAAGCAGUGGUGCUUCUGUGGCAACGUGGAGGUUCAUCUUGUGUGUAGAAAAUCAGGGAAAUGAUGCCCAGUACCUAGAAUGGACAGAAUAUGAAGAGUGAUUGUUUCUGGGAUGAAACUGCUUCUAUUUAGUACUGUUCAUGAUUCUCUUUAGCAAUGUAUUAUUUUAUAAUUAAAAAACUGAAAAUAAAGUUUCAUCAAAGCACA